UCGACUACACUAUUGAAUCAAGUAGGCUCAUUUAACAAACUCGCGCAAAAAGGAGUGAGCCAUUUGCAAAAAAAAAUGUAAUCAGAAAAUGUCAAGUUUCAGAUAAUUUAGGACGUAUAGCUCCACCUUUUUUUUUGAAUCAGAAGUUGAAAUAAAAGGAGAGAAACAUCCAAACAAUUAGAUUCCUGACUGGAUCGAAGCCCUCGCCAUUGUUAUCCCAACUAUGUCCAAUAUCGCUAAAAUAAGUGGGCAAACAUAAGUGCAUAAUUGAAUAAUUGAUAGGCUAAAAAACAAUUUUAUGAAGUCUUUUCGUGAAUUAAAUUUUUAACGGGAAACAAUCUAAGCCCAGUCGCAUUUCGCUUACUUAUCUCAAGGGUCAAAACCAUUAUAUUUUUAACAACUCUGAUGUUCUUCUAUAAGUUUUACCGAAUGUAUGGGGAGGUGAAACAGGGUUGAAACUCAAUUUUAAAAAAAAUACAGUUCAUGUAAGCCCUGACACGGAUCAAAGAAGCCUGCAGAGACAUGUAUGCUUUCUCAUCCGAUCAUUUCACUAAAGAAUUCAUCUUAAUAAAAAAAAAUUAAACCUAAUUUAUUUGCAAGAGUGGGAAUUUUAUGAAAAAACGUUGAGCUGCAAAAAACAACAGAAAUUUUUUCAUAGUUAUCUCAUUUACUAGCUUUCCUUAACAUCGCCUGGAAAAAGGGUCCAUGAAGUUUGCUGAAAAUAGCAUGAUUUAUUAGUCUAAUUGCAGUUAGUCAGUUAGAGUUGUUUUUUGGAGAGAUGAACUUGUUUUGCUUUCUGGGAUACUACUCAGCAGAUUUUAUCAACCCUUAGAAUGCCCUCUCAAACCUAUAUAAGCCUUAAGUUAAUUAACUCAAUGUAGUGUAAUUAAUUUUUUCUAGUUCAAAAUAAUAAAUCUUAACAUUGAGGUGCUUCAAUAUCAGCAAUCAGUAUUGAAUAAUAAAAUGGGCCUAUUUUUGAUUGCGUUCCCAGAAAAUGGACAGUAUUUCAACAAAAAAAAUCAACAGAUUAUGUAAUAAAACGAACUCAGUGCUUCGAGUUUUCCGACUACUAAACAGAAAGUAUCCUCUGAUCUUCGGUUGAUUCGAUUCCGAGACUUGAGCAAAAAAAUGUUAGCUCCACGUUGUAUUUAGGCGGACGUGUACCACAAUGGACGCACAGUUAAACUGCUGAAUGAAGAUAGGAUCUGGAUAGACGAGAGGAGUGGACUCUCACUCACUCUAAGGCCAGACUUCCGGACAAACGCCGAUCUGUUUGCACUGGUGAUCGAGGACACUUGGGUGGGGGAUAUGGAUCCCCUGAUCACAGCCCUCAGGGACUCCCUCCUCACUCCCAAAGUGAUUGUAGUGCACAACUCACACCGUCUGAACAUGACUCAGCUGCACAGAUACUACUGGAAUGCUUUCUAUGAUGACUCAUUCGACGUCUUCUGCCUCUCCUCCCUCAGUCCCCCCUCCCCCUCCGCCUCCGUCCUCCGAUUCAACUUCUCCCUCACCAACCCCAAACAGACAACGAGGAAACAGUUCGCACGUCUCAUGCUCACCAAUAUUGCACCCUCACUUGUAUUUCGCACGGGCAAAAAUGCACCCUUGGGAGUGAAGGGGGGCCAGAGUGGUCGAGUGGCUGUGUUUAAUGUCACUUUGGGGGGCAGUUUUGAAGUCAUUGUCACUGAUAGCGACCAUGAAGAUGAACAGAAGUUAAGUGACGAAGGCUGUUACGUCAUGUGGGGGUCUAAUAUUUUUCCAAAUUGGACCCGCGCUAGAAGUCUUCCCGUAAUUGGAGCGACCAGUUUCUUCCCGAAGAGAGAGAUAGUGCUUCACACUGGAUUUAAUCCGGAUACGAAGUUCAACCUGAACAAUGUCAGACUGGGCCAGUUUGCAUCCCUGAUUAUGGACCAGAUUCCAUACUCUAUUCAAGAAAAUGCUCUGGGCUCUUUGGCACUCAAGUUUGACUCUCUGUUCACGUGGUGUCAGGACUCCCCAGACCAACUAUGCGAAGAGCAGAUCACCCCCUCCAUCAACGAAGACUGGGGGGAUAGACAGUGCGGGGACAUGCCAACUCCUGAUCUGUGCAUGCUUUGUCACAUUCAGCAGUUGAAUCAGACCAGAGGCAGAUCUUCCGGGCUAGCCAAAAAAUGCAACUGGAUAGAUACCUCCAGGUUCAGAAGUGACAAACUGCACUGCACUAAUUUGACACCAAAUACCGCCAUUCUACUCGUUGCAGCCAUUUUUAACUUAUUAAUAUCAAUGGGGCUGUUUUAAAAACUCAAAGUUUGAAAUGAAAUCAUUAAAUCCGUUAUGUAAAACAUCUAAAUUAUUUCAAAGUAAAUAUGUACUGACUGACUGACCGGCUAAUGCUUGUUUCCAGCCAGCAUUGAAUUAUAUUUGCUAAAUAGACGCAAUAUUAAAUAAUAUAGGUUAAAUAUCGUGGGGUUCAAGAGUGGGACACCAUUAAAAAUAGAUCAUUGGCAAUACUUGGUGAAAUAUUGAUUUAAUUAGAAUUAAUCAUUAGUUAAUUGAGUGUUUGAAUAACACUUAACUGAGUAUUUUAUCGACAAUAAACAAUCCUUCGUUUUUGUCUGU